AUGGAGUCACGAGUGCUGUCACGCGCCACCACUCUCUCCUCCCUCCCCACUCUCAACAAACUGCACCGCCUUCCCCUCGCCAAUGCUUCCCUCCUCGCCGUGAAGACGAUUGGAUCACUCUCCGAUGGCGGGAACCUCGUCUGGGGAAGACAACUUCGUCCCGAGCUCUGUUCUCCACUUCUUAAGAAAGGUCCUUCACUCCUCCGUCCUUGCCUCGCCACUGCUGAAGGAAACGACUCCGCCGGUGAAGAGAAGGUAGCUCCGGUUGGGUUCUUCAGCCGGUAUCCAGCUCUUACUACCGGUUUUUUCUUUUUCACUUGGUACUUCUUGAAUGUGAUUUUCAACAUCCUCAACAAGAAGAUCUAUAACUAUUUCCCAUAUCCUUACUUUGUGUCGGUAAUUCAUUUAGCUGUGGGAGUGGUGUAUUGUUUGGUGAGCUGGACCGUGGGCCUUCCUAAGCGCGCUCCUAUUGAUGGUAACCUGCUGAAGUUGCUGAUUCCUGUGGCUGUGUGUCAUGCAUUAGGCCAUGUAACUAGCAAUGUCUCAUUUGCAGCAGUUGCUGUUUCUUUCACACAUACCGUUAAAGCUCUUGAGCCAUUCUUUAACGCGGCUGCUUCACAAUUUAUACUUGGACAAUCAAUUCCCAUCACUCUAUGGCUCUCAUUGGCUCCUGUUGUUAUCGGUGUGUCAAUGGCAUCAUUGACUGAACUCUCAUUCAACUGGCUUGGAUUCAUAAGUGCUAUGAUUUCAAACAUUUCCUUUACAUACAGGAGUAUCUAUUCAAAGAAAGCCAUGACUGAUAUGGAUAGUACCAAUAUCUAUGCCUACAUUUCAAUCAUUGCUCUAAUUGUCUGCAUACCACCGGCCUUAAUUAUUGAAGGGCCUACACUGUUGAAGACCGGUUUCAAUGAUGCAAUUGCUCAAGUAGGUUUGGUUAAGUUUGUAUCAGAUCUCUUCUGGGUUGGUAUGUUUUACCAUCUCUACAACCAGGUGGCCACAAACACAUUGGAGAGAGUGGCUCCUCUUACUCAUGCAGUUGGAAACGUACUCAAACGUGUAUUCGUCAUCGGAUUUUCUAUCAUUAUCUUCGGUAACAAGAUUUCCACCCAAACUGGCAUAGGAACCGGCAUUGCAAUUGCUGGAGUAGCACUCUACUCAUUCAUCAAAGCCAAGAUCGAAGAAGAGAAGCGACAAGCAAAAGCAGCUUAA